UCCGAUUCAUGAGAUGCCAAAAAAAUGUUUUGCAAUGGGAAAUUGAGCGAAAGUUGUAGAGACGAAUUCGUAGAUUUAAAUCGAUUUCAUUGCUUUGACUGAUCUGAAUUCUAGCUUGUAAACACCUAGACUAGUUGUUAAUUGACCACAGUUGAUAUUCGCGACAAGAUAUAGCCGUUGUGCCGUGUUCCCGCCAAAGAAAAUUCUAAUUUGCCACACAAGGAUUAAAUCGUGUCUAAAUACCUUGGAAUUUGCCAGAAAAGGACUUCUGGAGUAUUCAAAGGUGGCUUCCAGGUGCAAUUGAAGGAUUCCAGUAGAGGCGCUCCGACAAAAUGAUCACUUUGACCAGGAAACUGAAACGGGAGACACCAGACAGUACAAGCAACGGAGUGAAUAUGGAAAAUAUGAAAAGGGCAUCAGUUCGCGAUCGGUUGCUUGUCAAGGAGGUGCAGGAGAUGGAGCAAACGUUGCCGGCCACUUGCAAGGUAUUCUUCAAUGACCCGAACGUGCUCAGCGAGUUCACACUGACCAUUUGUCCGGACGAGGGAUUCUGGAAGAGCGGCAAGUUCAAGUUCUCUGUCGUUGUCCCCGAGGAGUAUAACAUGGCUCCACCCAAGGUGAAAUGCUUGACAAAACUCUGGCACCCAAAUAUUUCGGUGACCGGGGAUAUAUGCUUAUCGCUGUUGAGACAGAAUUCCAUUGAUGGACUCGGCUGGGCACCAACGAGAAAAUUGAAGGAUGUUGUUUGGGGACUCAACUCUUUGUUUACGGAUCUUCUCAAUUUCGACGAUCCCUUGAAUAGUGAAGCAGCUGAACAAUAUCAACGUGAUAAACUUGAAUUUCAAGCGAAAGUACGUGAAUUUGUAUCACUUUACGCCAGUAGAUAAUAAAUUCGAACACUUGUAACUUAAGGAAUGCUUUGUGCAAAUUUUUCAUUAUCUCUGUAAGUUUUUGUCCGAUUAAGUUUGACAACAAUGUUGGCGAUGAAGCGUUUUUUGUAUUUUGUAAAGUAGUUUAGUGAUAAACUAAUGAGAUUGCAGACAAGCAACUAAGAAAGAAAUCUAUCAGGUGAUUAAAUGUCAGCGGAAGGAUGAAUUUUUGAUGAAACCCAUGUACACGGAUAUUAACGAUUACGAUAAUAAAUGAUACGAUGAUUGUGAGGGAAGAAGAGUUGUAAUAGUGAUAAUGGUGAUUAUCAGAAUAAUAAUAAGUUAUUACCGUUCGCGUUUUAUUUGACCUAUUACCAUCUUUCGUUAUGUACAAUUGAAGAUCUGUAAAUAAUAAAUUAAUAAAUGAAAAAUGAAUAGGAUGUCGAUUGAUAACUUUUGAACUGUUAGAGAUUUUCGUAAUUAGUUGUAACAAAAGUGAAAACAUGUUUGAGUUAUAGUGAAGUGAAAAAUUAAUAAAUUUAUUGUAGAGAGGAA